CAUUGCAAAACACAGCUACAGGUCAAACCAAGUUACUGACUGCUGUGAUAUUUGAACCCAUGUCGGCCACCGUAGAGGAGGAUAAACAUAUCAAUGAUUACGUUGGGAGUGCCCGGUAGUUUUCUACAUCAUUUGUUGCUAGAAAGAUUGAUAAUCAUCAAUUCCGAAGACUUUGAUAGAGGCAUCCUAGCCCAAUAGAGGAAGAUGAGGCUGAAAGAGAUCCAGAGGACAGCUCAUCCAGCAUGGAGUCCUGCCCCCCAUCACCCUAUCUGCCUGGCUUUAGGCACGUCAGCUCAGCAGCUGGAUGCGUCAUUCAACACCACUGCCGCCUUGGAAAUAUUCCAGGUGGAUUUUGCCGAUCCUUCCCUGGACAUGAAGCUCAAGGGGUCUCUACCUACUUCUAACAGGCUGCAUAGUCUGGUGUGGGUAAACUUUGGAGCAGGAGAAGACGGUUUGGGAGGGAGACUGAUUGGAGGCAGUGAUAAUGGCAUGGUAACAGUGUAUAGCCCAGAAGCCAUUGUAACAUCAGGGGCAGAGGCAAUAAUAGGACAGUCUGACAAACACACUGGGCCUGUCAGAGCACUAGACUUCAACCCCUUUCAGAGUAAUCUGUUGGCGUCAGGGGCAAACGAUUCAGAGAUCUAUAUCUGGGAUCUGAACAAUUUCAGCAAUCCAAUGACACCCGGGACAAAGUCACAGCUUUGUGAGCCUCCUGAAGAUAUCAGUGUAGUGUCGUGGAACAGGCAGGUCCAACACAUCCUGGCCUCUGCAAACCCCAGUGGGAAAGCAGUGGUCUGGGACCUGAGGAAGAACGAGCCCAUCAUCAAGAUUAGUGACCACAGCAACCGGAUGCACUGUUCAGGGAUGCUCUGGCACCCUGAGGUGGCCACACAGUUGGUCCUGGCCUCAGAAGAUGACCGCAUGCCAGUCAUUCAGAUGUGGGACCUGCGCUUUGCCACAUCCCCUCUCAAAGUCCUGGAGAACCACACAAGGGGACUUCUGUCCAUAGCGUGGAGCCAAGCAGACCCAGAGCUGUUGCUCAGUAGUGCUAAAGACAACAGGAUUCUCUGCUGGAACCCCAACACUGGAGAGGUGAUCUAUGAAUUACCAACCACCAACCAGUGGUGCUUUGACAUCCAGUGGUGUCCCAGGAACCCAGCGCUGCUGUCGGCGGCCUCGUUUGACGGGUGGAUCAGUAUUUACAGCGUGAUGGGAGGAAGCCUGGAGGCCCAGCAGCAGAGCAGGGCUGAUCAGAUCUCCUCGUCCUUUGACACCAUGGAUCCGUUUGGGACAGGCCAGGUGCUGCCCCCUCUGCAAGUUCCCCAACCCACCCCUCAGACCACCCUCGUCGCUCCGCUGAAGAAGCCCCCCAAGUGGGUUCGUAGGCCCGUAGGAGCCUCAUUUGCUUUUGGUGGGAAGCUGAUCACCUUUGAGAGUCCUAAGGCUCCAGUCCAGAGCCCACAGGCCGUCCCUGUCCCCAGGCAGGUGUUUGUGAGCCAAGUCACCACGGAAACAGAGCUCCUCCAACGUUCCAGAGAGCUGCAGGCUGCUCUGCAAUCUGGUUCCUUGUCAGACUACUGCCAGGCCAAGAUCCACAAGGCCCCCACAGACUCUGAACAGGACAUAUGGAGGUUUCUCCUGGUCAACUUUGAAGAUGAAGCCCGGGUCAAAUUCCUGAGUCUUUUGGGUUUCAGCAAAGAGGAUUUAGAGAGAAAGAUAUCCACCUGCUUGGGGAAGAACCUGCAGCCUAACGGACAUGGAGUGGAUGCCAACGAUCUGGCUGAGAAGAUACAGCUUCUCUCUACUCAGAGGUCAGAAGAAUCCGGGGAUGCGGUGGACUCCACCAAGACUCCGGGUUCAUCCUCCCCCUCUGACUUUUUCAGUCAGAUCCCAGCACAACCACAGGACAAGGAGAAGAUCAGCUUCCAAAUCCCUGUCUCAGCAGAUGCAGAUGGUCUGAUCAGCCAGGCUCUGCUGGUGGGAAACUUUGAGGGAGCGGUGGAUCUGUGUCUGAACGACGGGCGUUACGCUGAGGCCAUCCUGCUGGCUAUCAGUGGAGGACAGGAGCUACUGCAGAAGACCCAGCAGACAUACCUGGACAAGCAGAGGAACAGCAUCUCUAUGCUGAUCUCAUCCGUGGUGACCCAGAACUGGGGAGACAUCGUGCAGAGCUGUGACUUGGAUAACUGGAAGGAGGCUCUCGCUGCUCUCCUAACCUACGCUCACCCCAAAGAGUUUGCUCAUCUGUGUGAGACCCUGGGGUCGCGUCUGGAGGGUGAGAGGACAGAGAAACGCUGUCUGCAGGCAUGUCUCUGUUACAUUUGCUCUGGGAACAUUGAGAAACUAGUGGAAUGCUGGGCCCUGCAGAGGGACUGCUCAUCUCCCCUGGUUUUAGAGGACCUGGUAGAGAAGAUGAUGGUUCUGCGUAAGUCUGUGGAGCGUCUGAGGAACAGCGAGGUGGCUGUACAGAGUCCUAUCCUGGCUGACAAGCUGACUCGCUAUGCUGGUCUCCUAGCUUCACAAGGCAGCCUGGCUACAGCCCUGUCCUACCUGCCAGACACCUCAGACCAGGCUUGCAUCAUGAUGAUGAGAGACCGGCUGUUCCACGCCCAGGGAGAGAGAGGAGCAGCAUGGGGUCAACAGCCCCCACCGUUCCCUUACAACAUAGUCAGGGUGACGGGGGGCGACCCUGACCCCACUCGGGCCCCUGCUGUCCCCCCCCAAGCACAACCACCAGCACAGACAACACAGACACCGGGGCCCUACCAGCCUCCUCUUCCUGUGAUGCCAGUGGUUGGCCAGCCUCCUCUUCCUCUGAUGCCAGUGGUUGGACAGCCUCCUAUGACCACAGUCUUCACUCCUCAAGCUGUUACUCACUCCAGAGGGCCUCCUCCUCCUUCGUAUGGUGGUCUGCCACCCUCCUCCCAUGCUCCUCCACCUAGUGGGCUGCUACGGCCAGUCUACCCUCAACAUCCUGCCACUGCCCCAGGGUUCUCUCCAAUCCAGCCAUUCCAGCCACAACAGCAGCCCAUGUCUGCAGGACUAGGUGGCCCUGGCCUCUCUGCCUUCCCUCCAGGACCUACUAUGCCAGGCUCCAGCCUGUCUGGACACCUGCCUCCCUUCUCUGCCCCUGGCAGCCUCGCCACCAUGCCCAGCCCAAGGCUACCUCCGUCAGGCUUCACACCCACCUCGCUCCCUUCAGGCCCCAUGCCACCCAGCUACCAGCAGCCUGGGGCCCCCGUCGGCAUGUACCCACCAGGGGGGUCUCACCUUCACAGCCAGGGCCCACCUGCAGGUCCCCCCUCUGGUCCGUAUUCACCCCUGGGACCCGGGUACCCACAAGGAGGUCCUGGAGCCCCGGCCGUCAAGUCCUUCUCUGCUCCGUCGGUUGCUCCUCCUCCUACAGGGUAUUUCCCUUGGCUGAGUACUCCCCUUGUUGACGAUGAUGAAGGACAAGAUGGUUGGAAUGACCCACCAGCAGUACGAGGGGGUCCCAGGAAGAAAAAGAUUGUCCCAGACAACUACACCCCUCCUGCUCCCAUCACCGCCCCUGUUAUGGGGGGUUACCCCAUGGAGGACCAUCAUCAGCCCCAAGGACAGCAGGGCCACGACCCCAGUCGCACCCAGCAGGGCCACGACCCCAGCCGUACGCAGCAGUUCCCCCCAGGGGCCCCUCAGGAGCCCAGCGUACAGCUCCUCCAGGCGCUGCCGGCUGAGAGGGUGGAGCAGAGAGAGAUCCCUGCAGAGCACAUGGUCCUCAAGCAGACCUUCGACAGCCUGGUUCAAUGCUGCCAGCUAGCCGCACAAGACCCACAAACAAAAAGAAAACUUGACGAUGCAUCGAAACGCCUUGGGUACCUGUAUGACAAGCUGAGAGAGCAAACGCUGUCUAACAACAUCCUGGGUGGUUUACAUGAGAUCAGCCGCUGUGUGGCGGGCAAGAACUACCAGCGUGGCCUGGAGGUCCACACUGCUGUGGUCACCAGCAGCAACUUCAGCGAGAUCCAAGCCUUCAUGCCCAUCCUCAAAGUGGUCAUGACCAUCGCCAACAAGCUGGGCGUCUGACCACUGAUCCCACACCAAGGCUAGCUUCUAGAAUAAACCGUGUUUCCUAUAAUGCUCUACUUCUGACCAGACCCUAUGGGCUCUUUACGGGCCCUGUGGGAUCUGAGGGCACCGAGGGCCCCAUGAUCUAUGAGGGCCUUUGAGGGCUCUAUGAGGGCCCCGAGGGCUCUUGUCAAAAGUAGUGCCCUAUAUAGGGAGUAGAGUGCCAUUUGGAACACUCAAAACACACCAAGAUAAAACAGCCUUCAGUGUUAUCAUAUGGAUGGAUCACAAUGUUAUAGAUGAGAUAUUUAUUUCUUUUUCAGCUGUUGAAAUGUGCUUUGAUAAAAGACAUGAUUGCAGAUGUGUGGUUUUCGCUUGACUAAAGCCGACUCAUUGAAAGGUUUCUGACUUGGCUGAUGAUGAGAGGUGUUCUCCUCUCUGAGAAGAGGAGUUAUUGCUACUGUGGUGGUUAUCAACAGCAAAACACCCAAUAUUAUUAAAGAAGUUGUGUCCUUGAGCUUUUUGAUGGGAAGAUACCUGAUGUUAAAUAUGUAAGGGGUGGGGGUUACUGAUGUGGGAUGUUGUUGAGAGCUGAGGAUUUAAAUGUCAUAUGUUUGAGAGUGGAGAAAAACAAUGUGGGCUUACAUCCAACUAAGGGAAGACUUUGGAGAGCGAGGUUGUUUUGUCCACCUUCCUACCUCAUCUUUCCUUAACAAAUCCACACAACGUCCAGCUGAUUUUAGAAUAGUUAGGAAGUGAUUGAGUUAUAUACACUUUUGUAAUACAUACUGUACCACAGCGAAGAUAGUUACUUUUUCACUGACAUACCAGUGUGUUCUACAGACCAGUGUGUUCUACACACCAGUGUGUUCUACAGACCAGUGUGCCAUCUCUUAGUUUGUUACGUUUUCAGGCCAAAGCACUGCAACAACUAGCUCUGAUCCAGGGUGAUACGUGCAGCUUGUUGACUCAGAGCUGUGUCAGCACCUGCACAUUACGCCCUGGUCCAGAGCUAUGCAACAAAAGAAUCUAAUUUGAUGAUUCUUGUGGAGUUGCUGGAUUUUUACAGUCAGUCCGCGUUAGUCACUAUAGAGUGGCCCGCUGCCAUCAGCUAGCUUGUGUGAUUGAGAUACUGUAUGAGAACGGUGUGUGUCCUGGUUGUUGGCUUUGCCCCCUGUUUAUAGUGUGCUGGCUUCUGUUGUGUAUAAACUGUAAUAACCACACCACUGUAAACAGCUUUGGUGUGGUUACACUUGACAUUUCAUUCUGAUUGAAGAACGUGGCAGUUAUCGACUGAAAUAUGAUUUAUGGCAAAGAAACCCAUGAAUAAAUCUCUUGAAAUAUU